GUGUUUUGUCAACGGCAACAACACUCACUUUAAAAAAUUCAGCAACAACUCAAUUACUCCACUAGACAAUGCAAAGGCUGCUGAUCGUUAUUUUCAUCAUAACCAGCAGCAGCAGCAGCCAGUUGGAGGAUCCACAGGUGGACCCACUAUCGAAUUGUCUGAAAAAGUAUAACUCCCUGCGGCAACAAGCCAAGCUGCGGCACGAUGCAGAGGUGCGAACGCUGCAGAAGCAGUUGCCAAAGUUUACAAAGCCCUCGAAUCGCUUGCAACAUUUGGUCUCCGGCGAAACCCUGAUCCUCUCUUGCCCCAACACAGCGAAUCCGCCAGCAAACACCUCUUGGACCUUCAAGAGGGGAGAAGACUAUGAGCCACUGCAGCGUGAUAUUGGUGGCUACAAGUUCCGGCGCUGGUCCCUGAUCAUGACGAAUGUCAUUUCAAUGGAUUCGGCCAUGUACAAGUGCACGGUGUGCAACACCCUCGGCUGUAUUGACUUCGAGUUCACCGUUGUGGUCAUCGAUCGCCUCCGUGCCUCGCCAAAAAUUAAGAAGAUGGACAAUAAAACGGCGCUGAUCAACACUCGGGUGGAGGUGAAAUGCGAUGUGUUGUCCGAUGCUAAAGCGGCUGUCGAGUGGAUACGUGUGAUGCAGCACAAUCACUCACGGCCCCUGAAAUUGGAUUCACUGGAUCGAGAUUUGGUGCGCUUACCGUUGAACACCACAGUGGAUCAGCGCGAAUUGCUGCUGCUGAACAAUGUGACGCACCAGGACGAGGGCUGGUACACGUGUGUGGCGUCCAGUUCGUUGGGCAGCAGCAAUGCCAGCUUCUAUCUGCAGGUAAUCGACCAUCUGCCCUAUUUGUAUGUCAGCGAUCUCUACCGAUCCGAUCCCAUGGGUUUCACUGUGACUAUCGGGAUGAUAAUGCUGCUGAUUCUGCUUGGAACUGCGUUAGUGCUGGUAUACAGGGUGCGCCGGCUGCGGAGGCAAAAUGCAUUAGCGGUCAGGUCGUUCAGCAUUUAAUGAUUGCUUUGGAACAGAGUCUUCAAACAUUUUGCUACGUGGUAUAUUGAAGCUCACUAUUCUCCUCACGUAACGGAAACCAACGAUUAUUGUUAUUGCAUUUAUAAGUGUGCAAACGAUCCGUGGGAUCAAUGAAAAUUACGACAUUUAUUCUUGGAAGAUGUUUGCAUAUAAAUAUACAUACAUGCAUGCUGUAUUGUAA